AUGAGCGAAAGAGGGUCGGAAAUCGUUUACCGAGCGGAAAAUGUCCCGAUUCGCUUUUUCAAAGCAUGUCGAUGGUGCAGAAGACAAAAGAUGCGAUGUGAUGCGCGUAGUCAAGUCCCUUGCUUCCGCUGUCGCUCUACCGGCCGGGACUGCAUCUUGGACCCCAUUGAUGAUGGGCGACGGCGAAGUGAUCGUCGGCGGAAAACAACAACCCCCGCAAGAAACCAUACUGCUUCGCCGCUGGAUCCAAGAACCGGAUACCACACUCCGGUAUCGAGAGAUCAGGGGUUCUCACCCGCCACCGUACAAGAUGGUGGUUUCGAUACGUCAAUUGACUCUUUGCCCAGCUCUGCUGGAUUAAACAGCCUUCAGCGGUCCUAUGCGUCUGAUGCGAAUGGACCGGAGUCUCAACAGCUCAGCCCUAAUGAAAUGAUCGCGCCGGCAUCAGCGGUACACUCUAUGUCUGUGAAUUUGCUAGGCACUAAUGAUAUCUUUAUGGAAAAUUCAACCAAGGGUGACCCCAGAGGAGAUGUCGUUGCCAGAGGAAUCGUUAGUGAGGAGCUUGCUCGUGUCAUGUAUGAGAGGUUUACGGGCGGAUCAAAGAACUUUCUUCCUCUUUUUGAUCCGAUUAGAGACACAUUCGACUCUGUCCGUUCAAGAUCCUUGUUUUGCUUUACGGUGAUUAUCUAUCUGGCUAGUCGUGCAGUGACGGAUUUGCGCGGAGACACGCAUAUGCAGCGUGUUCUACAAGAUGAAGCACAGCGCUUGGCCGAAGACAGCUUCUUCGAGCGGCCCACUAAACUGGAAACAGUCCAAGGAAUGAUUCUCCUGGCUGCCUACUCCGAGAAGACGUGGUUCUCUAUUGCUCUCAUUCUUCGCACUGCCUUAGAUUCGGGACUGGAGAAGUCUUUGGACACUUUGCUGUCCCAAGAAAAUGUACCCCGAAGUUCGCUCUCGGCUUCCAUGGCUGAACGUGAAUUGGUGUGGCAGACAAGAACUUGGUUAAUCAGUUUCACAUUGGAGUUGGACGUCGCAUCUGGUACCGGACGAAAAUCACGCAUCGCCGAGGUCGACGUGGUAAAACUGCGCAGAUUCCUUGAUUAUCCACUCUCCCUGCCCUGUGAUAUGCGGACUGUGUGUAUCAUUGAACUUCAUCAACUCCGAGGUAAUUCUCGCAUGAUUAUUGACAACACUUCAACUAUUGGUGACAUUGUGUCCACAGAACUACCGGCCAUUAUGACAAGAUUACAAAAUUGGUGGAUGACGUGGGACGAAAUCCAUGAAAGAGCCUUCCAGCGCAGCAGCCUCAAGCUCAUGCUUCACUACGCCAGGAUUUUUGUUUUCUGUGCAUCCCUAGCACGGAUUCAAAAAUUACAACCAACAUACACAGAUUCAAGCUCUGAAAUCCUGGAUCAGAAUGUGAUGAACCUGUGGCAGUCCCUUGUCACAACCAUCAUGGACCAAUUAGGCUUUUUGAUCAACGAGCCAUCCUAUCGCUGUCAAUUACCGUGGGCGCCAACGUAUCCAGCUCUUACAAUCGCCUUCGUCACAACAUUCGCCCUUCGGAUCGCCAGAUGGCGUCCAAAUCUGAUCAAUCAAAGUCUCCUACUUGAAAGAGCAGAAAAAAUCUGCGACUUCCUCAAACAACCCCCAUAUCCCGAUAUCCACCGGACUGUCUCCAUCUUCGUGAACUAUGCACGCGCCUUGAUUGCGAGUCAGCGUCCGCAGAGCAAUCAUAGUACAGAUGUACCUAUCAUGUCUGAUCAAAGUGAUGGCCCACCCUUCGAAGGACCUGAUAAUCCCAUGAUUAACGGCCCGCCUCCAUCGGGGGUGGGUCCCCUCGACGAUCUCCGCUACAGAACCGGCCCGAUUCAGGGCGAUAAAGAUUCAAAUCUGGUCUCAAUGCCAAGUAGUGACCCAUCUGCAGUGGCCAAAGCGCCCGUAUCUCGGCUAUCCGGCACGAUGGAGGCACCCAACUGGACUGUUUCAAACUCCAUUGCAGAUUCUUUUGGUUUGUUUGAGGAGGGGCAGAACGAUAUCUUCGAUUUCCUGCCUAUGAUGCCAUCGAUGCCACAAUCCCUUGCUUCAACCGAGAAAAAUCAAAGAUCAAAUGGAGAUUACCAAAUAGUCGAACUAUCUCAGGAUGAACUACUUGUCGAGUUUCAGCAGAACUCACCAAAAAACCCACCAAACUGGGCCUUUAAGAAAAAGCUGUACAAUGCGGUUGUGGCGCUAUUUGUUGUCCUCAAUAGCGGCAUAUCAACCGCACUCCCUAGCAAUGCAGUCCCCACUAUCAUGCAGGAGUUCCACCAGUCCGGAGACCAGCAAAAGGUCUUACCAACAGCCUUAUUCCUCGUUGGGUUUGUGUUUGGGCCUCUACUAUUUAGUCCAUUGAGUGAGACGAUUGGACGGAAACCCGUUCUCGUCUGCUCGUUCGCUGUUUUUGUCCUCGCUACGCUUGGCUGUGCUCUAGCGCCAAAUUGGUCCUCUUUUCUCGUCUUUCGGACUAUUUGUGGUCUGGUAGGAGCUGCUCCUCAGACGGUUGUUGGUGGUAUAUAUGCGGACUUGUUUUUCGAUCUGCGAACUCGUGGUCGGGCGAUGGCAAUGUAUAUGUCGGCUUGCAGUUUUGGUCCCAUUCUAGGGCCGAUUAUCUCUGGAUGCUCGGUUAAAUAUGGUUGGAGAUGGCCUUUUAGGAUCGACCUGAUUCUGACGGGUAUUACCUGGUUGGCUCUGCUCUUCACGUCUGAAACAUUCGGCCCGGCACUCUUGAAGCAACAAGCUGCCAAAUUGAGAAAGGAGUCGGGAUCAAAUCGAUAUUUCUCACGUCAGGAGCUUAACCUGGACUCGAGAUUUACUCCAAUGGAGAUUAUCACUCGUCCUAUCACCAUGCUCUUCUUCGAGCCUAUCAUCACCUCAACAUCCAUCUACAUUGGCCUCGCAUACAGUCUGGUCUUCUUCUAUUUUCAGGCUUACCCAAUCAUCUUUGGAGUUGGCGUCGGCGCCGCAUCUUCCGGAUUAUUCGCCCUCUACUACGACGUAAUCUACGAAAAAGCCAAAAAGCUCAACAAACCCUGGACCACCAAUCCAGAGUUCCACCGACUCCCAUUAUCCUGCAUGGCCGGCCCCUGUCUAACAAUAAGCAUGUUCUGGCUCGCCUGGUCAGCAAGAUCAUCCAUGCACUGGGCCGCACCCGCGAUGUCAGGGUUCGUCUUCGGAUUCGGAUUCCAGAUCAUCUUCAUUUCGCUUCUUACCUACGUCACCGACGCAUACAAAAUCUAUUCCGCCAGCGCACUGGCGGCUUCUGUCAUUGUGCGCAGUAUUGCUGGUGCGCUUUUCCCGUUGGCUGCUGAGCCGCUCUAUGAAUCUUUCGGGGUUGCUUGGGCGACUUCCCUCAUUGCGUUUAUUAGUUUGGCUUGCAUUCCUAUCCCUUUUGCUUUGAUGAGAUGGGGUCCUUGGAUUCGGGAGCGAAGUCCUUUCUGUCAGAGGUUGAUCUUGGAGGAGAAACUCAGGGCUAGUGGAGCGAGUACGCCUGCGCAGGUAUAG